AUGGCACUGCUGAAAGUCAAAUUCAAUCAGAAGAAACGGGUAAAGCUAGCACAGGGACUAUGGCUCAUGAACUGGUUUUCGGUGUUUGCUGGAAUCCUUGUUUUUAGCAUGGGAUUGUUCCUCAAAAUUGAGCUCCGGAAGCGAAGCGAGGUGAUGGACAAUUCUGAAAGCCACUUUGUGCCCAAUUCUUUGAUAUUGAUGGGUAUAUUAUCCUGCGCCUUCAAUGGUUUUGCUGGAAAAAUUUGUUACGACUCUCUGGAUCCCGCUAAAUUUGCCAAGUGGAAGCCUUUGCUGAAACCUUACCUGGCUCUGUGCUGCGUCUUUAACAUGCUCCUUUUCUUCGUGGCUCUGAUUUGCUUUCUCAUGCGGGGCUCCCUGGAGAGCACGCUGGCCCAGGGGCUGAAGAACGGCAUGAAGUUCUACCGGGACACGGACACCCCCGGGAGGUGCUUCAUGAAGAAGACCAUCGACAUGCUCCAGAUCGAGUUCAAGUGCUGCGGCAACAACGGCUACAAAGAUUGGUUCGAAAUCCAAUGGAUCAGCAACAGAUAUCUGGACUUCAGCUCCAAAGAAGUGAAAGACCGGAUCAAAAGCAAUGUGGACGGGCGGUACCUGGUGGACGGAGUCCCCUUCAGCUGCUGCAACCCCAGCUCCCCCAGGCCCUGCAUCCAGUACCAGGUCACCAACAACUCUGCCCACUACAGCUACGACUACCAGACCGAGGAGCUCAACCUGUGGCGCCGCGGCUGCCGGGAAGCGCUGCUCAGCUACUACAGCAGCAUGAUGAGCUCCAUGGGCGCCGUCAUCCUCCUCGUGUGGCUCUUCGAGAUGUCGGUGAUGGUUGGCCUGCGCCUGCUGCACACCUCCCUGGAAAGCAUUGCCAAUCCUGAAGACCCUGAAUGCGAGAGUGAAGGGUGGAUCCUGGAAAACAGCCUGAAGGACACUUUCAAAUCUGCGCUGGAGAACUUGAAAAAGCUGGGUAAGUUCAACCAGGUGGAAGCAGGAGCCGAAGGGGCCGAAGGAGAGGAAGGCGGGAAGACGCCAGCCAUCACAACAGUCAGCUGA